UUGCAUUUAUCAAAAUGAGUACUGUUCUGUUUCGUAGCCGUUCUGUUGCCGACUUACAGCGUUAUUUGAGAGAAAGGGGUGUCACAUUUAGUGAUUCUAGGAAACCUGCGUUAGUAGAACUCUGUAGUUUGGCAGAAGAGCUGAGGAUUGAAGUUGAUCCCGACGGAUUAUUAGAAGAUCGGCCUGAAGUUGUCUGUCAGAAGCUGAUGCUGAAUGGCAUGUGCCUUGUGUCUCAACAACGGCUGUCUGGGACUCACGAUCUGUCUAUCGUGCCAGUUCUGUCAAUUUUUGACAUUUACAAUUACUUAAUUACUUUCAAUAACUAUGAUCACGCCUCCCUAAGGGCAUAUCACCAGCUUGAGGGAUAUUCUAUGUUCCGAGAUGGCUAUACACGAGGUAUUGAGACGGUGUCAUAUCCCAAUACUGCCUUUGUUGCCGUGAAAGCCAAUGUGAAACCCCGGACGAAUGAUAAAGAUCCAAUAUCCAAGAGAGGAUACUACAGCUGUUGGAUCAUGAUGAAGAGCAGUGACGAGGGAUCCAUUCAAUCUGCUUAUUGCAGUUGCAAAGGAGGCAUUGAUGGAUUAUGUCGACAUGUUGUGGCAACCCUCUUCGAAAUCCAUGACUUUGUACAAGACUUCAAGAAGACCAGCUAUACUUCAGAGCCAUGUAUGUGGGUUCGGCGUGCUUCUCAGGCCGAUCAACUUGGCAAACCUAUUCCUGCCUCACAACUAGAUACUUCAAUUAUGGUGGAGACCAGCACACAGACAGCAAUGUCACUGUAUUCGCCAUUGUCUGGCGAGUAUCCAGUGCCUGAUCCUAACGAUUUACAUGAAAAAGUGAAAACUUUUCAACCAACAGCCUGCGGAUUACGUGCCAUGUAUGACUGCUCAUAUGAAAAGAAUUGUACUUCAUCACCUCUGAGCGUCAAAACACCAAUGGAAAGAGCUGAACAAUUUAUGAAGGAACAUAAAUGUGAAAAUAUAUCUUGUAACUGUUCUAAUAUAUUUAUGUAUUAUUAUCUUACUUAUUCAGAGAAUGAAUGUGGGCAAAUUGAACAAUUAACCAGAGGUCAAUCAAAAAAUAAUAACUGUCAUCGGAUGAGAAAAGUACUAUUAACUGCAUCCAAUUUUCAUAAAAUUACAAAUUCAACUGAUUUAAAUCGAACAGCAAUUGCUUUACAAAAAAAUUCAGUGUUUGCAGAACACUCUAUACCAGACUCCAUAUUAUUUGGACAGCGAUUUGAAAAUAAAGCCCGUGACAUUUUUAUAAAGACACAUAGGUUUAAACAUAAACAUUGUUCUGUAAAAGUGCCUGGGCUAGUUGUUUCUAAUGAAGACCCAAUUUUAGCUUGUUCACCAGAUGGAAUAAUUGAUUGCAAAAUAUGCGGGAAAUUUUUGAUUGAAAUAAAGUGUAUGUAUAAAUAUAAGUGUUUUCACCCUAAAAAUGCCUUGAAACUUUCAAAUGUCUGUGUUGAAGAUGAAAACAAUAAUUUAACAUUGAGGCGUUCACAUACAUAUUUUAACCAAGUACAAGGACAAAUGGGAGUUACUGGCCUCACAAAAUGUGUGUUGGUUGGGUACACACACAAAGGCAUUUGUUCCAUAACAGUUAACUUUGAUGAGUCAUUUUGGAAUAAUUCUAAAAAUAAAUUGUUAAAGUUGAUGCAUACUUUCCACUUUUGAAAAACAUAUGCUGUACAAAUUGAAAGACAAAUGCCUUGUAUGUGUUCAUCUCAUGUAGACAGCAUAACAGUUUUAUUACAACUGUUAUUGUUAAAUAUUGAUUUGUUCUACAUUUCAAAUACAAUUGGAGCAAUCUUUAAAUGAACAAAAUUCAUAUUUGUAUUAAUGUGUUAUUGAAUAACAUAUUCAUAAUGAAACAUACAAGUCUCUCUCUGCAUUAGCUUUUGUACCAUAAUUGAUAUAUAAACACCAUUAAACAUU